AUGAUUGAACGGGUGAGGAACUACGCACGCAUUGCCCCCUUCGCGAUUUGCUUGCUGUUUUUGCCACUUCAGUUUAGCAAAAAAUGGAAGGGCUUCCCAAAUGUGCAUUUGUUCAGCUUCCUUCUGGGCAUAAUGCUCAAUGGAAUUCUCGAAAUAAAAAUCGACGACAGAAAGUACGUAGACUGGGUUGUGCAACGGGUACUGUCUUACUCGUUAUGCAUAUCCCUUAUGAUGACUUUUUCGUGUAUGAAAAAAAAGGCAAUUGCGUGUGAGGGGCGUGAAGUUGAGGAAGGUGAAACUGCUUGCACAGAGGAGGAAGGAAAGAAAAAAAAAUCCUUGUACAAUUUACUAAUUCGCAGCAGUAGGGUUGCGCCCUUUGGCAUCGCUUUUAUGUUCGGCGCUGUUGGGACACUCAUCGGAGGAGUCACUUCUUACCACUUAACGAAAAGGUUCCUUUUGCAAAAUGACACAAAGGGGAGUGAAGAACGUUUGAGGAAAAACACCAGCUGCUUCGUUGCUACAUACAUCGGGGGCUACAUAAAUUUUGUGGAGGUCGCUGACCUGUUAGCGGUGGACACUUUGGAAAGAAACAGCAUGUUCAUAUUAGACGAUUUAUUUACCAAUCUGCUUCUUAUCACUUUGCCCUUAUGGAAACAUGAACCGCUGUCACUGAACACCAGUGAAUGCAUCUCGAAGCAAAAUGGAAAUGUAGUGAAGCUAUCUGAUGAACAGGGGGAAGUGAAGGACAGAGAAGAAAUAACACACCUCCUGUGUGAUUCAGCACGGUAUGCAUCAUACGGGUCGUUCGUAAAUGAUGAGGACUGGCCGUUACCCCUAGGGGAGGACCACCAGGUAGAGCGCCAUCAGGUAGAGCACCACCAGGUAAAGCACCACCAGGUAAAGCACCAUCAGGUAAAGCACCACCAGGUAAAGCACCAUCAGGUAAAGCACCACCAGGUGUACUCCUUACCCCCACUGCUGUGCAAAUGCCUAUGUGACUGCCUAUCCGUGGUGCUCAUAAUAGGACUGAGCACGAAAGUACUGAGCGACUACGAGUUCAUCUAUCAGUUUGUCACUUCCUAUAUCCCGGCUGACAAAUUCAAAACGUACAUUUUAUUUGCGCUUACCUUUGGCUACCUAUUCUGCCUGGAUUGCAUUGCACACCUUAUGGCCAAUCGGAUAACGAGACGCACAAAGAGAGCAGCAGUUUUUGUCACACAUAUUUAUUUCAGGGCCACAGAGUACUACUCAACCGUUUUGCACCUUUUAACAGUUUACUAUUUGUCCCUUUCGGGGAUGUCCAUUGAUGUGAGCGUUUUGUGUAGCAUUGUAAAGCCGCUGACCAUGUUAGUGGUAUGUCUACUAGCGACUCAUUUAAUUUGUGUUUUUUUUUUUUCGUACAUGUUUAACGUGGUUACCAAGUGGUCUCGCCUGGUUUUACAUGUAGACGAAGUUUUGCUAGCCAUCAAUGCAAAUGUCGGGGGGCCCAGUACUGCUGCGCUCAUGUCCGAUGUGCUGGGCAGACCUGAUUUGGCCUUUGCCGCCACCUUCUGGGGUGUCUUUGGUUACUUCGUGGCGACGCAUGCGGCCAUGGGUAUGUACGCACUUUUGUAA